AUUGAAUCACUUUUAUUAAAAAACUAUCAGUAUUGCUUAGUUGCAGAAGUUUAUAAAACUUACUGAAAUAGCGUUCAAAAUUUAUGAUUGCAAAAGAUUAAAAAAUCUAUGUCCUGUAUAUUCGCUUUGGAACAUUUGUUAAUAUAUUUUGGAAAUUUGCGCUCUAGUUGAAUAAAGUGAAAAAAUAUUUAUUGGGUAAGGUUCCUGUUACCAACCUGGUUGCUACGAGACGAAAGAAAAAAAUGUUAUUUUAUUGGUUGCCAGUGAGACAAUACAGAAUUUUAGUUCACCAUUUUAAACUAAAAAUCUUUAAAAGAAAAAAAUGUUAUUUUAUUGGUUGCCAAUGAGACAAUAAAAAUCAUAUUUUACCCUUGAUAUAUGGUUUUCUUAAAAAAAACGAUGUACAAAAAAACUGGUUCAUACCGCUGGGAUAAAAAUAAAUCGUUUCAUCGACGCGAUGAUACAUCGUGCCGCCAACUCGAUGAAAAAUUGAUUGAACUAAAAGAAAAAUGGUUAUUUAAGAAUAAAAAAGAGUUGAUUAAAAACUUCGAAAAAAAUGAUAUAACAUUGAAUUCAAAUGGUUUCGUGGAUAACUUUGUAUCUGUUGGAUCGUAUAACUGGGCCCUGCAAAGCACACCGGAUAAACCAGUAAUUAUAGUACCUGGUAUACCCAAUUAUAUUAAAGAAAAUCUACUUUGCCAAAAGCUUAAAAAGAGCGAUGUUCAACGUGUAUGCGAUGAAAAUCAAUAUUAUAUGAGUAGGCAUCCAAUGGAACCUAUGUUUCAAGCUGUUUUACUGUGUACUCCAGAAUACGAUUUUAGCUCGGUUGAUUUGAUAACUGAUCGUAUUAACUUGCGUAAAUUAUUCGAGUUUGUUGAAGGCAAUUCAAAAGAUUCAUUUCGAAUUGAUAUUCAAAUGAAUGAAAAUGAUACGUUAAUGUUUAUUCGCAACGACGAGAACGUCAUUUUGCCGUGCCAAGACUAUAGUAUUGAUUUUAAAAAUAAAUUUACGGAAAAUGGGUCACCUGAAGCGGGAAGUUAUUGGAAUAUUGUCACUUAUAUGUUAGGUAGUAUACGUGUAAUGUGUCAAGCUCAAGUAGAUUGCGUUGAAAAAAAUAGUUGUUUAGGUCAAGCAGAGUUACUGCCGAAAAAAACAGAACCGAUUGCAUUUGAUGAAAGUUCUAAAUUAAUGCUGAUUGAAGGUGGAGAUUUUGAUAAUCAAAAAUAUGAAAAAUUUAUUGAAUUAACAACAAAAGGUAUCUAUGACAAUAAUUUUGAAUUUCCUACAAAUAAAUGGAGUCACUUAUUGUUUUUCAACAUAAAUCUUAUGGUUUUUGGUUGGCAUGAGAGGGGGGUUUUGAAAAAAAUUGAAAAGAUUUCAUUUGAGGAAGUGUCUAAAAGGUGUGAUCGUAAAAAAGAGGAUUAUCAACAAUCCUUAGGGAAAUUGUGUUCUUUGAUUACGAUGAUAAAAGAAAAAAUAAAAAGCUGUGCGGAACACAAAAGUGGUUUUGCUGUUGUCUUUGAUAGCAAUAACGAUAAACAGUCACUGGAACUAUUUACGGUUUGCAACAAUUUUGAUGUUCUGACCCCUGGUUUGAAAAUGAGGGUUUUCAAAUAAGCCUUUAUUUUUACAAAAAAUUUUUUGUUUUUUGUGUUAUAAAUUAUAUUUUAUAAUGACUAUUUUUAGUAUAAGUUUAACUUCAUUAAGUAAAUACUAAAAAUUUUAAAAUAAA